ACUUUCUCGUUCCCCGGCCGAGAGCACACCGAGUAGCAAGGUCGGCGAUGCUACUAAAAGCUAAGACUGGUUAGUGUGAAAGCCUGGGCGUUACCAAAACGUCGCCGACGUCCAACUUCCAUGGGGACCAAAUGACGUUGUUCCGAGUGCUUCCACCCACCCCAUAUUUGUCAGGCGAGUCUGUCGGACGCGAUUAAGUCGCAUAUAAUAUGAAGUGGUGUCUCACAGGAACGGACCUGAGAUGAGACUGAACUUCCCCCCGAGUUCUUACCAGUUACCAGUUCGAAACCUCGAAAUCAAAUCCCUCAGCAUCCCAUCCACAACCCAACAUUCAUCAUUGACCCCUCUUUCUUGGCAUCGACAUCAUCAACUAAAUCUACCUACAAUGUGUAUGGGAACAACGUGCCCAAAGUGCUGUGAGUCCGUCCUUGUUUUCUUACGAGCCUCGUUCACCUCAUUCACCCUUCCUCUAUAUUGUCUUGAUCGAUUCCAGAACACUGGUUCGAAAGUCAAUCACUCUUGGACUAACAUCGCCCCCCACCCCCCAGCUAAGCGGACUUGGCGGGGAUGCGGCAAACACAUCCCUUCAGCGAUGAGCAGUGUUCCGGAGGACCAAUGGUGCACUUGCACGCCUCGCGUUGAGGUCGAGGGCAAAGAGUACCCUCCAGCAGCCCCUGUCCAGGUCCCGGGUCUGUCGUGGUUAACAGGUGGCGGCGACAAGAAGUAAGAGAUUGUGAAAUCAAGAGGCUCGGGAAGCAGGCUAGAGGAGUACCUUGGGUAGUACUACUAAUCUAUGUACUGGGUGUCUCUGUCUCGGAAGUCUGUUGUCGUGACGAGAUAAAUACAUAUCGGCCAUGACCGGGCAAGACGUAGGUCGGUCUCAAGACGAAAUUGUCCGUUCAGUGCGGCAGAAAUACAGCAGGAUGUUCCUGAUGAGAACUGCCGAAAGCCAAUUCGAACAUGGAAGCUCACAGAGCUCACAGACAUCAUCGC